AUGGACUUUCUCCUGGGGAACCCGUUCAGCUCUCCGGUGGGACAGCGCAUCGAGAAAGCCACGGAUGGCUCCCUGCAGAGCGAGGACUGGGCGCUCAACAUGGAGAUCUGUGACAUCAUCAAUGAGACCGAGGAAGGUCCCAAAGAUGCCUUCCGAGCCGUGAAGAAGAGAAUCGUGGGGAACAAGAACUUCCACGAGGUGAUGUUAGCUCUCACGGUCUUGGAAACCUGCGUCAAGAACUGUGGGCACCGCUUCCACGUGCUGGUGGCCAGCCAGGACUUUGUGGAGGGUGUGCUAGUGAGGACCAUCCUGCCCAAAAACAACCCGCCCACCAUCGUGCACGACAAGGUGCUUACCCUCAUUCAGUCCUGGGCUGACGCGUUCCGCAGCUCGCCCGACUUGACUGGUGUGGUGGCUGUCUACGAGGAUCUGCAGAGGAAGGGCCUGGAGUUCCCCAUGACUGACCUGGACAUGCUGUCGCCCAUCCACACGCCCCAGAGGACCGUGUUCAACUCAGAGACACAGUCAGGACAGAAUUCCAUGGGCACUGACACCAGCCAUCGAGGGGACUCCAACCAACACACCACACCCCUGCCCACCUCGGCCCUACUCCCCAGCGACACACCCAUAACACCGACCCCUGAGCAGAUUGGGAAGCUUCGCAGCGAGCUGGAGAUGGUGAGCGGAAAUGUGAGGGUGAUGUCAGAGAUGCUGACGGAGCUGGUGCCCACCCAGACAGAGCCAGCGGACCUGGAGCUACUACAGGAGCUCAACCGGACGUGCCGCGCCAUGCAGCAGCGGGUCCUGGAGCUCAUCCCCCGCAUUGCCAACGAGCAGCUUACCGAGGAGCUGCUCAUCGUCAAUGACAAUCUCAACAACGUCUUCCUGCGCCACGAACGGUUUGAACGCCUCCGAACAGGCCAGACCACCAAGGCCCCAGGUGAGGCCGAGGCGGCCCCUGACCUGAUCGACAUGGGCCCUGACCCUGUAGCCGCCGGCAGCCUCUCGUCCCAGCUGGCAGAAAUGAACCUGGGCUCCAGCAGCGUGAGGGCUGGCCUGCAGUCUCUGGAGGCCUCUGGCCGACUGGAAGACGAGUUUGACAUGUUUGCGCUAACACGGGGCAGCUCACUGGCUGACCAACGCAAAGAGGUAAAAUAUGAAGCCCCUCAAGCAACAGAUGGCCUGGCUGGAGCCCUGGAUGCCCGGCAGCAAAGCACUGGAGCGAUCCCUGUCACCCAGGCCUGCCUCAUGGAGGACAUCGAGAAGUGGCUGUCCACGGACGUGGGGAAUGACGUGGAGGAGCCCAAAGGCGUCACCAGUGAAGAAUUUGACAAGUUCCUGGAAGAACGUGCCAAAGUGGCCGAUCGUUUGCCCAACCUCUCCAGUCCCUCCACCGAGGGGCCCCCAGGCCCCCCACCUGGCAGUGCCCCGAGAAAGAAGACCCAGGAGAAAGAAGACGACAUGCUGUUUGCCUUAUGA